AUGGCAAGCAACAAGAGACACUCGUUCAAUGUGUGGCAGUCGCCCAUGGCGUCGCCGCCGCAGAGUCCCGCGGCACAGUUCCCGCGGGCGCCGAAACGCACGAGAAGCAGGCGUGUUAGGGACUCCGCGCUGCUGAUGGAUUCCGCCGGGCACACGCAUCUGAAGUUACUACUUGUAGGGGACGCGAAUGUGGGAAAGACGGCGAUGAUCCUGCGGUACUGUGACCUGCUGCCGAUGAAGGAUCCCGUUGAUGGUGCGCCCCAGGAGGCGGCACUGGACACGCGGACGACCAUCGGUGUCGAUAUCAAGAACAGGUUGAUUGAUAUCGACCACAGGUUCUUCAACUGUCUCAUAUGGGACACUGCAGGGCAGGAGCGGUUCCGCAACGCGAUAAUACCGUCGCUGUACAGGAACUGUCAUGGGGUCGUGCUCUGCUACGAUACGUGCAGGCGGAGCACGCUCGACAGCUGUCUCGAGUACUGGAUCCCGGAGGCGCUCAAGAACCUGACCUCUGCGGACCUUAAGAGGGCGCGGUUCUACCUCAUCGGCACCAAGCUGGAUUUGGACGACGACAGAGAGGUCACUGCGGAGGACGUUGCGGAUUUCGUGGCGCGGUCCCGGAUGGAAUAUAACGUCCCCAUUGAGUCCCAUUUCGCGGUGACAUCUCGGUGGUCGGACUCCGUGGAGCGUGCAUUUGAUGCAGUCAUCACUAACCUCGUCGAAAACGGGUGCUACGAUGACGACGACGGUGAGGAGGCCAGGAAACGCCGAUCGCGGUACUCGAGUUCCGAUUUGGAGAUGGCCAGCGACACAGUGGACUCCACAGUGGACGAUGAGCAGGACUACAGCAAGAAGGAGGAGGAGGAGGCAGACUGGCGAGAUUACGACCAUGUGUUCAAACUACGUAUCAGGGGCACCAAGCGCAACAUCAAGACCUCGUCGGUAGACAUCACGAAACCUUCCCCCGACGAGUCCUCAGCAUCACAACAGCCUUACCCAGGCACGUACUGCUGCACCUGA